AUGGGCGCCGGCCCGGGGAUGCUGGCCCUGCUCUGGGCCCUGGCCUGUGCCCAGCACUCAGGCUGGGCUCAGGAGGACGCCGCAAAACUCAGCCAUGAGAUCUCCCCCGACCUCUCUUCCCAGCGAGGGCAUAGCGGCCACUCACUCCUUGGGGUGACUGUCAUCCCCCCUCUGAUGGCCGUCCCUGUACUACGAGCCCUGAACCCCGCGCACACGGGGCGCGUCUGCAGCACCUGGGGCGACUUCCACUACAAGACCUUCGAUGGCGCUGUCUUCCGCUUCCCCGGCCUCUGCAACUACGUGUUCUCCUCGCACUGCGGUGCCGUCUACGAGGACUUCAACGUGCAGCUGCGCCGGGGCCUUGCAUCCAAUACCACGGCGCCAAGCAGGAUCAUCAUGAGGCUCAGCGGCCUGGUCGUUGAGCUGACCAGGGACUCUGUCCGGGUCAACGGCCACCUGGUCCAGCUGCCCUUCAGCCAGGCCGGGGUCCUCAUAGAGCGCAGCAGUGGCCACCUGAAGGUGGUGGCCAAGCUGGGCCUGGUGUUCACAUGGAACCUGGAUGACAGCCUCACGCUGGAGCUGGACACCAAAUAUGCCAACAAGACCUGCGGGCUCUGUGGAGACUUCAAUGGCGUCGCUGAGGCUGGCGAGUUCCUGUCCCACAACGCCAGGCUGACUGCUCUGGAGUUCGGGAACCUGCAGAAGAUGGAUGGCCCCACGGAGCAGUGCCAGGACCCCAGGCCCACACCCCAGAACUGCUCCACCAGCCCCGGCAUCUGUGAGGAGUUGCUGAGCAGCCAGCCCUUUGCGGGCUGUGCAGUCUUGGUGGACGUCAGCAGCUACUUGGAGGCCUGCCAGCAGGACGUCUGCCACUGCGAGCACCCUCACCUUCCCAGCUGCCUCUGCCACACCCUCGCCGAGCUCUCCCGGCAGUGUGCCCACGCUGGCGGGCAGCCCCAGGACUGGCGGGGUCCCGACCUCUGCCCCCCGACGUGCGCGCCCGGCAUGCAGCACCAGGAGUGCGGCUCGCCCUGCACCGACACCUGCUCCAACCCCCAGCGCUCCCAGCUGUGUGAGGACCACUGCGUGGCUGGCUGCUUCUGCCCGGAGGGGACGGUGCUGGAUGAUGUCCACCACUCUGGCUGUGUCCCCGUGUCCCAGUGUGCCUGCAUGUACAACGGGACGCCCUACGCGCCGGGGGCCAGCUACUCCAGGGACUGCACCGAGUGCUCCUGCGUUGGAGGUCACUGGAGCUGCCGGGAGCUGCCAUGCCCGGGCACCUGCUCCGUGCUGGGCGGUGCCCACUUCUCCACGUUCGACGAGAGGCAGUACACAGUGCAUGGCGACUGCAGCUAUGUGCUGACCAAGGUCCUGGGUUGGAAUCCCAUGGUGGCCACGUUCUCAGGGGCGGUAGUGCAGUGUGUGAACGCCACGUCCCCACAGCCCUGCCAUGGCAGUGCCUUCGCUGUGCUGGCCGAGCUGCGCCGGUGUGGGCUGACCGACAGUGAGUCCUGCCUGAAGAGCGUGACACUGAGCCUGGGCGGGGGACAGACGGUGGUGGUGGUGAAGGCCGGCGAGGCGGUGUUUGUGAAUCAGCUCUACACCCAGCUGCCAGUCUCCGCAGCCAAUGUCACCAUCCUGAAACCCUCUACUUUCUUCAUCAUUGUGGAGACCCAGCUGGGGCUGCAGCUGCGUGUCCAGCUGGUGCCCACGAUGCAGCUGUUCGUGCGGUUGGCCCCCGAGCUCCGGGGACAGACCUGCGGUCUCUGUGGGAACUUCAACCAGAACCAGGCCGACGACUUCCGGACCAUCAGCGGGGUGGUGGAGGGCACCAGUGCUGCCUUCGCCAACACCUGGAAGACCCAGGCCUCCUGCCCCAACGCCAAGACCAUCUUCGAGGACCCCUGCUCGCUUAGCGUGGAGAAUGAGAAGUACGCCCAGCACUGGUGCUCGCUGCUGACAGACGCUGAUGGCCCCUUCGCCCAGUGCCACGCCACCGUGAGCCCCAGCUCCUACCACUCGAACUGCAUGUUCGACACGUGCAACUGCGAGCGCAGCGAGGACUGCCUGUGCGCGGCGCUGUCCUCCUACGUGCAGGCCUGCGCCGCCAAGGGCGUGCUGCUCCGCGGCUGGCGGGACGGCGUCUGCACAAAGCCCACGACCACCUGCCCCAAGUCGAUGGCCUACCAGGAGCACCUCGGCACCUGCCAGCCCACCUGCCGCGGCCUGAGCGAGGCCGAUGUCACCUGCGGCGUGUCCUUCGUGCCCGUGGACGGCUGCGCCUGCCCGGCAGGCACCUUCCUGGAUGAGGCGGGCGCGUGCGUGCCGGCCCACGAGUGCCCCUGCUACCACAGGGGUGCCAUGGUCCCCAACGGUGAAUCUGUGCAUGACAGUGGGGCUGUCUGCACCUGCACACGGGGCGCACUGACCUGCAUCGGGGGCCCUGUGCCCAGCCCAGUGUGUGAUGCUCCCAUGGUGUACUUUGACUGCCGCAACGCCACGCUGGGGGCUGCUGGGGCCGGCUGCCAGAAGAGCUGCCACACCCUGGACAUGGCCUGCUACAGCACCCAGUGCAUCCCAGGCUGCGUGUGCCCCAACGGGCUGGUGGCCGACGGCGACAGAGGCUGUGUUGCCGAGGAGGACUGUCCCUGUGUGCACAACGAGGCCAGCUACCGGCCCGGGGAGACCAUCCUUGAGGGCUGCAACACCUGCACCUGUGAGAACCGGAUGUGGCGGUGCACGGACGAGCCCUGUCUGGCCACCUGUGCAGUCUACGGGGACGGCCACUUCCUCACCUUCGACGGGCAGCGCUAUACCUUCAGCGGGGCCUGCGAGUACACGCUGGUGCAGGACCAGGGUGGCGAGAACGGCAGUGCCCCGGAAGCCUUCCACGUGGUCACCGAGAAUGUCCCCUGUGGCACCACGGGGACCACCUGCUCCAAGGACAUCAAGAUUUUCCUGGGGAGCUACGAGCUGAAGCUGAGCAGCGGGAAGGUGGAGGUGGUCCAGAUGGGCGCCGGGCAGGAGCCGCCCUACACCGUGCGCCAGAUGGGCAUCUACCUGGUAGUGGACACCGAUGCUGGCCUUGUGCUGCUCUGGGACCGGAAAACUACUCUCUUCCUCAGGCUCAGCCCUGAGUUCAAGGGCAGGGUCUGCGGCCUGUGCGGGAACUUUGACGACAAUGCCAUCAACGACCUGACCACGCGCAGCCAGGCUGUGGUGAGCGAUGCGCUGGAGUUUGGGAACAGCUGGAAGUUCUCGCCCACCUGCCCGGACGCUCAGGCACCCCGGGACCCCUGCACGGCCAACCCAUACCGCAAGGGCUGGGCCCAGAGGCAGUGCAGCAUCAUCAACAGCGCCACCUUUGCCGCCUGCCACACCCACGUGGAGCCAGCCAAGUACUAUGAGGCCUGUGUGAGCGACGCGUGUGCCUGUGACUUGGGGGGCGACUGCGAGUGCUUCUGCACUGCUGUGGCCGCCUACGCCCAGGCCUGCCACGAGGCAAGGGUGUGCGUGUCCUGGAGGACGCCCGACAUCUGCCCGCUGUUCUGCGACUACUACAACCCCUCCGGGGAGUGCGAGUGGCACUACCAGCCCUGCGGGGCGCCCUGCCUGCGCACCUGCCGGAACCCCAGCGGCCGCUGCUUGCAGGACCUUCGUGGCCUGGAAGGCUGCUACCCCAAGUGCCCCCCGGGGGCCCCCAUCUUCGACGAGGACACGAUGCAGUGUGUGGCCGAGUGCCUACUCCCCACCCCGGCGCCACGCUGCCACAUCCGCGGGAAGUCGUACCGGGUGGGCACGACGGUGCCCUCUGGGGAGAACUGCCACUCCUGCGUCUGCACUGAGAGCGGUGUGCACUGCACCUAUGACACCAAGGCCUGCUUCUGCACCUAUGACGGCCGGCGCUUCGGGCCAGGGGCUGAGCUCUAUCACACGACGGAUGGCAUGGGUGGCUGCCUCUCUGCAAGCUGCGGGGUCAAUGGCACCAUCGAGAGGAGGGUCUACCCCUGUGGCUCCAGCAGCACCGCCCCGCCCACCACCUUCGCCUUCUCCACAGCGCCCACGGCCGAGAGCUCGACGCAUGCCCCUGGCACAUGGCCCCGCCCCACCAGUAGCAUGGCACAUCCAAGCCCCCAGAGCAGCACCAAGUCCUCUGCCACCCACACAUCCUCUGGGGAGACGUGGGCCGUGGCCUCCACUGCCUGUGGGGAGGAGUGCGUGUGGUCCCCGUGGCUGGACGUCAGCCGCCCAGGAAGCGGCAUCGACAGCGGGGACUUUGACACACUGGAGAACCUCCGUGCCCAUGGACACCGGCUGUGCCACGCGCCCAGGGAGGUGCAGUGCAGGGCAGAGGACGUCCCUGAUGUGCCCCUUGGUGUCCUGGGGCAGCGUGUGGAGUGCAGCUCCACUGUGGGGCUGACCUGCCACAACCGGGACCAGGUGUCCGGGCUCUGCGACAACUACCAGGUCCGGGUCCUGUGCUGCCGCCCUGUGCCCUGCUCCAUCUCAUCUGGCCCCACAGCCUCCUCCUCGGCUCACAUCACACCUAAGGGCCCAGACACCAUCCUCAUGGCCAGCACUGCACCUGCCCCAGGGAGUCCCACACCAGACAGAGCCACGCUCCUGACCUCCAGCCCGAAAGUGGAGCCAACCGCCUUGUCCUGUCUAAGACAUCAGUGCAACUGGACUGGCUGGCUCGACGGCAGCUACCCUGCUCCUGGCAGAGACAGCGGGGACUUUGACACCUUGGUUGAACUGCGGGAGCGAGGAUACAAGUUCUGUGACCGGCCCCGGAAUGUGGAGUGCCGGGCCCAGUUCUUCCCCCACACACCACUGGCUGAGCUGGGGCAGCAGGUGACCUGCAACACUGAAGUGGGGCUCCUGUGCCUGAACCGGGAGCAGCUGCCACCGAUCUGCUACAACUACCAGAUCCGCAUAGAGUGCUGUGAGGUGGUGCACAGCUGCACGACGGCCAGCACAGCUGUGACCGUGACCACAGAGGAGGGCAGGACCACCCGGACCCGGGGCUCAGUGUCCACCAGGGGAACCAGCUCAGGCCCCACAACCACAAGAGGUACCAGCUCAACACCCACAACCACAAGAACCACAACGGGCCCCAGCUCAACACCCACAACCACAACAGCAACAAACUCAACCCCUAGAACAACAGGUACCAGCUCAACCCCCAGAACCACAAGAGGCACCAGCUCAGCACCCACAACCACAACAGCCACAAGCUCAACACCCACAACCACAAUAGCAACAAGCUCAACCCCUAGAGCAACAGGCACCAGCUCAACACCCACAACCACAACAGCAACAAGCUCAACCCCCAGAACCACAACAGGCACCAGUUCAGCACCCACAACCACAACAGCCACAAGCUCAACACCCACAACCACAACAGCAACAAGCUCAACCCCUAGAACAACAGGCACCAGCUCAACACCCACAGCCACAACAGGCACCAGCUCAACCCCCAGAACCACAACAGGCACCAGCUCAACACCUAAAGCCACAACAGGCACCAGCUCAGCACCCACAACCACAAGAGCCACAAGCUCAACACCCACAACCACAACAGCAACAAGCUCAACCCCUAGAACAACAACAGGCACCAGCUCAACCCCCAGAACCACAACAGGCACCAGCUCAAGACCCAGAACCACAACAGGCACCAGCUCAACACCUAAAGCCACAACAGGCACCAGCUCAGCACCCACAGCCACAACAGGCACCAGCUCAACCCCCAGAACCACAACAGGCACCAGCUCAACCCCCACAGCCACAACAGGCACCAGCUCAACACCCACAACCACAACAGCAACAAACUCAACACCCACAGCCACAACAGCAACAAGCUCCACCCCUAGAACAACAGGCACCAGCUCAACACCCACAGCCACAAAAGGCACCAGCUCAACACCCACAACCACUACAGGCACCAGCUCAACACCUAGAACCACAACAGGCAACAGCUCAACCCCCAGAACCACAACAGGCACCAGCUCAACACCCACCGACACAACAGGCACCAGCUCCACCUCCACCUCCACCAGGAGCAUCAGUUCCACCGUCAUGCACACAGCCAGCUCAAUCUCCACUCCGAAACUCAGCUCCCCCUCCAUCCACAGCACCACCUCUACACCCGCACCCCACACCAGGGCCACCUCUGUCUCUGGGUCCAGCCCCAGCUUCUCGUCCUCAGCCUCUAUCUCAUUAACCGGGGCCAGAAACUGCCGGCCCCAGUGCACCUGGACCCCCUGGUUUGACGUGGACUCUCCCAAGCCCGGGUCCCGUGGUGGGGACCUGGAGACCUAUAACCACAUCCUCCAGAGGGGACACAGCAUCUGCCACCGGCCUGAGGAGGUCACAAGGCUGCAGUGCCGAGCUCAGAGCCACCCCGAGGUCCCCAUCGCCACCCUGGGCCAGGUGGUGCAGUGCAACCGUCACGUGGGCCUGGUGUGCCGGAACCGUGACCAGCAGGGGCCCGUGGGUCUGUGCCUGGACUAUGAGGUGCGUGUGCUCUGCUGCCAUGUGCCCGAUGGCUGCCCCGCCAGCACAGUGACCCCCCCGGUGACCUCCAGCCCAGAGACCUUUUCUUCAAGCGUGUCCUCCAUGACGUCCUCCAGCUCUGCGGUCUCCUCACCCCUCAACUGUUUCUGCCUUGUGUCUGGCCAGCUGUAUUCUGCAGGGGCGGUCAUAUACCACCAGGUGGACCUUGACGGCCACUGUUACCACGCACUGUGCAGCCGGGACUGCCAUGUGGUCAGGGGUGUGGGCCGCACCUGCCCGACCCUCACCACAACCCCCACACCAGCUCUGCCUGUGUCCCCGACCACCUCCUCAAACACCUGCCUGAAUGUGGUCCCCCAAAGAAAGAAAGGUGAGACCUGGGCGAUGCCCAAUUGCUCCCAAGCCACCUGUGAGGGUGACAACAUCGUCUCCCUGAGCCCACGCCUGUGCCCGGAGCUGACGCCACCAUUCUGUGCCAACGGCUACCCGGCCCUGAAGGUGGCCAAUGCCGACGGCUGCUGCCAGCACUACCAGUGCCAGUGCGUGUGCAGCGGCUGGGGUGAUCCGCACUACAUCACGUUCGAUGGCACCUACUACACCUUCCUGGACGCCUGCACCUAUGUGCUGGUGCAGCAGAUCGUACCGGUGUUCGGCCACUUCCGUGUGCUGGUGGACAAUGAUUUCUGCGAUGUGGAGGAGAGGGUGUCCUGUCCACAGUCCAUCAUUGUCGAGUACCAUGAGGACCGGGUGGUGCUGACCCGCAGGCUGGUCGGGGGGGCCAUGACCAACCAGAUCAUCUUCAACGGCGAGGUGGUCAGCCCUGGCUUCCAGGAGAAUGGCAUCGCCGUGUCCCGUGUGGGCAUCAAGAUGUACGUGACCAUCCGCGAGCUGGGCGUGCAGGUCAUGUUCUCGGGGCUCAUCUUCUCCGUGGAGGUGCCCUUCAGCACGUUUGCAAACAACACUGAGGGCCAGUGCGGCACCUGCACCAAUGACCAGAAGGACGAGUGCCGGAUGCCCGGGGGUGCAGUGGCCACCUCCUGCUCGGAGAUGUCCAAACACUGGCGGGUGGACACCCCCGGCCAGCCCUUCUGCCGAGGGCCACCCCCCACACCCACCUCUGCGGUGCCCGAGUCCCCGGCACCCACCUCUGGGGUGCCCGAGUCCCCAACACGCCCCCGGCACACCCUGUGCCCGUCAUCGCCCAUCUGUGAGCUGAUCCUGAGCGAGGUCUUUGAGCUCUGCCACUCUGUGAUUGAGCCGCUGCCAUUCUUCGAGGGCUGCGUCUUUGACCACUGCCAUGAGACGAAGCCAGAGGUGGUGUGCUCUGGCCUGGAGCUGUAUGCCUCGCUGUGUGCGGCCCAGGGCGUGUGCGUGGACUGGAGGGCUCGGACCAACAACUCGUGCCCCUUCCCCUGCCCUUCGGACAAGGUGUACCAGCCCUGCGGCCUGUCGGACCCACCCUACUGCUAUAGGAGCAACGCCAGCUCUCCGGCCCUCCCUGAGGCUGGCCGCAUCACAGAAGGCUGCUUCUGUCCAGAUAACCUGAAGCUGUUCAGCGACAGCGCCCUCGUCUGUGUGCCCAAAGACUGCCCCAGCUGCCCCGGGCCCCAUGGGGAGCCGAUUCAGCCGGGCCAGAUCGUCAGCAAGGACUGCCAGGAAUGUGUCUGCGACCCGCUCACAAAGUCCAUGACCUGCCAACAGAAGGCCUGCCCCCUGCCACCUGCCUGCCACACUCCUGGCUUCGUGUCAGUGUCCACUCUCCCCAGGGCUGGCCAGUGCUGUCCCCAGUACAGCUGCGUGUGCAACUCCACCUACUGCCCCAAGCCCCAGGACUGCCCCAAGGGCUCCCGCCCGAUCCUGACCCACGAGGAGGGAGCCUGCUGCCAGAGCCAGAAAUGCAACUGGACCGCAUGCAGCGUCAAUGGGACCCUCUACCAGCCUGGCGCCGUGGUCUCCUCCAGCCUGUGCCAGACGUGCCGCUGUGAGGUGCCCAGCAGCCCCAAUUUAGACGGCUUCAUGGUCAGCUGCAAGACCCAGAUCUGCAACACCGACUGCCCCAUGGGCUUUGAGUACCAGCCCCGCGCUGGGCAGUGCUGCGGUGAGUGUGCUCAGAAGGCCUGUGUCGUCGCUGUGAACGGCACCGACCAGCCGGCCCGCCUGCUUUACCCUGGCGAGUCCUGGUCCGACCCCGGGAACCCCUGCGUGCACCAUGAGUGUGAGGCCUCUGGAGAGCAGCUGGAGGUGGUGACAGUGAAGAGGGAGUGUCCCCCUCUGAGCUGCCCUCGGGCCCAGGCCCAGCUGAGCCAGGAUGGCUGCUGCCUCCUCUGUCCACUGGUGCCAACAGCGCCCCAGGAAUGGCCCUGCACCCUGCACCACCGCGAGCAGGUCCUCCAGCGCGAGAACUGCAGCUCUACCACGCCCGUGCGCCUCUCCUACUGUGAGGGCAACUGCGGAGAGAGCACCUCCAGGUACUCCCUGGGGGCCGACACCGCGGAGCACAAGUGCAGCUGCUGCCAGGAGCGGCGGACCUCGAGGAAGACAGUGAUGCUGAGCUGUGCGGACGGCUCCAGCCGGGCCUUCAGCUACACCCAGGUGGAGGAGUGUGGCUGCCAGGGCCUGCAGUGCCAGGCGCCCGCGUCAUGGGAGGCGGAGUCCGGGGAGAGCCAGGAGCAGGGGCCCAGGCCUCCUCAGUGACGCCUGCCCUCACGUCCUCUGACCCUCGCCCCAGGCCUGGCCUCACCCCCCCACUCCCGGAGAGGGGGUGGACUCAGCACCGCACCGGCCUCAGGUGACAGGCACAGCCCUGCCUCACACUGGCUCAGCCUGUGCUAAGCCCCUCCCAGGCCCCCGACCCUCUUUCCAUAAACACAUUUGCAGCACUGCA